AUGACUCUUUUAACAUCAGACGACUCCGUCAAUCGGUUCUGCUCCCAAUAUCUUCAACUUGAGCCAACACUCGACUACCCUCCCGGCCACAUUAUUCGCGAAUCAACGGCCCAGGCUGCACUUUACAAGAAACUAUUUUCAGACGAAGGCCCACGUUAUGCACCUCCAGCUCGAUACCGACUUCGUGUUCUCAAGGAACUUGUUGCGAGAAUUGAGUCGAGUAUUGAAGACUGGGACCAGCAUGAGGUUUCAGAGGAUCUCAUGACAGCCUUGUCUGAAUCUCUGGCAACUCCAAUCCCAUCCGAGGCGUCCUCGGUCCAACAAAAGUCUUACGUCACAUACAACCUCAGUGGACUUGAAAAGUCCACAGAUCAGUCGUUGUCUGCUUCUGACAUCACACUGCUUGAAUCACGCUCGCUGAUCUCAGCAUCCGGCACCACGGGUCUUCGAACGUGGGAAGCUGCGUUGCACCUUGGUCAAUAUCUGUGCGCCAACCAACAUAUCAUUGCUGGGAAGAGAAUUCUUGAACUCGGCGCAGGCACCGGAUACUUAGCCGUUCUCUGUGCCAAGCACCUUGCCGCCACUAGUGUUGUUGCCUCUGAUGGGUCUGAUGAUGUUAUCAACAACCUCCCGGAGAGUUUCUUCCUCAACGGUCUACAAGACAGCGAGCUUGUCAGGCCGAUGGAGUUGAGAUGGGGACACGCGCUGGUGGGAACAGAGGACCAACAGUGGAACAACGGCGAGAGCGUCGACGUUGUCAUUGGAGCCGACAUUACCUUCGAUCAGAGCAUCAUCCCGGCACUCAUCGCGACGCUCGAUGAGCUGUUUUCCAAAUUUCCCAAAGUGGAAGUCCUUAUAUCUGCAACGCAACGAAACGAAGUUACCUUUGAAGCGUUCUGCAGCCGUUGCCGCCAACGUGGCAUGAGUUUGGAUUAUGUAGAAUACCCCAUACCUCCCAGAGCACGGCAAAAGGGCCCCUUUUACAGCGACAGCGUCCCUAUUCGGAUAUGUCGGGUGUCUGCACCCCCGAAUACAGGCGUGCUGUGGUGA